AUGGAUUUCAUCAAGAAGGCUGCUGACGGCAUGAAGGGCAACAGCUCUUCAGGCAGCUCUGCCAACCCCUCUGGCCAGCAGGACGACUACGUUGACAAGGCUUUCGGCUUCGCCAGUAAGAAGUCCGGUCACAACAUGGACCGCAGCACCCAGGAGAAGAUUACCGAUGCCGGUCGUGAAGCUUACGAGAAGGCCACUGGCAAGACCGUCAACCCUAAGAUUAGCAACUGA